AUGUUCAAACCACAUGAAAAUGACCUUGUUAUUAACCUUCACUUGUUGGAAAUAGACAUAGUUGCCCCUCCCGAAGUUAACAACAUAGAAGGAAAUAAUCAUGGGGCUGACCAAGAGAACUUAGGAAUACAAGAUAAUGCAGUGAAUGAGUCAUAUGACAUUCAAGGUGAUGAUGAUGCUUCACUUUCUUUUGAAGACAAUAGUGAUGCAGACUUUUCAGAUUUCAAAGGAAAUGAAGAUGGAGAAGGGGAUGCUUUUAUUGAUGUUGAUGCCUUUAGGGCUGCUCUAAAAGACUACGUCAUACAAAAAGGCUUUCCAUUAGUGAGAUUGAAGAAUGAAAUAACCAGAGUGAUUGCCAAAUGUGGUGCACAAGGCUACAAUUGGAGAAUACAUGCAUCUCCAAUUGCUGACUCUAUCACAUUCAUGAUGAAAUCUUACAAUCCUGAGCACAGAUGUGUAAUGAAUAAAAAGAAUAAUGAAGCAACCUCUGGCUGGAUUACAAUGAAAUUAGUUGAUGUGUUGAGAGAGCAUCCUAAUAUCACAACUAAGGGAGUAAUUUCUGAGAUGCUGAAAUUUGGUGUUGAACCAAGUAAGAACCAAGUGUAUAGAGCUAAUAAGAGAGCUUUAGAGAUUGUUCAAGGAUCACAUGCAAAAUCCUAUAGCAAGCUAUCAAAAUAUGCUGAGUUUUUUAGGCAAAACAACCCUGAGACUAUUGUGAAAAUCCACUAUGAUAGGCCUAAUUUAUUAAUGGAACCAAGGUUUCUUAUAAUGUUCAUCAGUUUCAAGGCACAAAAAGAUGGCUUCUUGGUUGGUUGUAGGCCUUUUGUAAGCUUUGAUGGUUAUCAUCUGAAAGGCAUGCUUGGUGGUGUUCUCUUGAUAGCUGUGACAUUAGAUGGAAACAACAGCAUCCUUUCAAUUGUUUAUGCAGUUGUUGAAUGUGAGAACUGUGAGGACUUGUAA